UUAGGGUGUCAUGGUAGGCAUGGGGCAGAAAGACAGCUACGUGGGUGACGAGGCGCAGAGCAAGAGGGGUAUCCUCACGCUCAAGUACCCCAUCGAGCAUGGCAUCAUCACCAACUGGGAUGACAUGGAGAAGAUCUGGCACCACUCCUUCUACAAUGAGCUGCGCGUGGCCCCCGAGGAGCACCCGACCCUGCUCACCGAGGCACCCCUCAACCCCAAGGCCAACCGGGAGAAGAUGACCCAGAUCAUGUUCGAAACCUUUAAUGUCCCCGCCAUGUACGUCGCCAUCCAAGCCGUCCUCUCCCUCUACGCCUCCGGCCGCACGACCGGCAUCGUCCUUGACUCUGGGGAUGGCGUCACCCACAACGUGCCCAUCUAUGAGGGCUACGCUCUGCCCCACGCCAUCAUGCGUCUCGACUUGGCUGGCCGUGACCUCACCGACUACCUCAUGAAGAUCCUCACUGAGAGGGGCUACUCCUUCGUCACCACCGCCGAGCGGGAAAUCGUGCGUGACAUCAAGGAGAAGCUCUGCUACGUGGCCCUCGACUUCGAGAAUGAGAUGGCCACAGCCGCCUCCUCCUCCUCCCUGGAGAAGAGCUACGAGCUCCCUGAUGGGCAGGUCAUCACCAUUGGGAACGAGCGUUUCCGUUGCCCUGAGACCCUCUUCCAACCCUCCUUCAUCGGCAUGGAGUCAGCCGGCAUCCACGAGACAACCUACAACUCCAUCAUGAAGUGCGACAUCGACAUCCGCAAGGACCUCUAUGCCAACAACGUGUUGUCCGGUGGCACCACCAUGUACCCCGGCAUCGCCGACCGCAUGCAGAAGGAAAUCACGGCGCUGGCUCCCAGCACCAUGAAGAUCAAAAUCAUCGCCCCACCGGAGCGGAAGUACUCGGUGUGGAUCGGCGGCUCCAUCCUGGCGUCCCUCUCCACCUUCCAGCAGAUGUGGAUCAGCAAACCCGAGUACGACGAAGCCGGACCCUCCAUUGUCCACCGAAAAUGCUUCUAAGCCCCCUCCCUGCCCCGCGGUGGCCCCCCACGUCCGGGCUGGGGUGUCCUGCUCCUCCUCAGUCCCCGCUGC